UCUGUCUUUAAAAUGAUAUACCAGCUUCUCUGAAACAUAUUUGUUCAGUAAUUUCAGUUUUAGUAGGCUAAGGUUAAGCUCUGAUUUGAAGAAUGGCUGUAUCUCGGAUAGCAAAGAUUUUUAUUCUGUUUCAAGCGUAUAAUAGCUUAAGUUCAUGUUUUGAGUGUAGUAAAGAAUUUGUUGAAACACACGACUGUCUGCGUUCUUGUGAAUAUCCUGCGCAACCGAGAGUAUGUGAAUAUGUGUUCUCGGCAAAAUGGUUCUACUCCAUGUCAUCAUACUGUUUCGAUUGUCCCGUGAGGUUGGACGACUGCUACUUAGAGGAAUGUGUAGCGCUUGACGGUUCCGCUAGACCAGUUGUCGUCACUAACAGCACAAUACCCGGACCGAGCAUUCAGGUAUGUGAAGGUGAUACAGUUCGAGUGAAAUUGGUUAAUAAUCUACAAAACCACGGUGCCUUGACAAUCCAUUGGUAUGGAAUGUAUCAAGAGGGUACAAACUGGAUGGACGGUGCAUCUAUGAUAACGCAAUGUCCAGUUGUGUCUUCGUCUUCAUUCACCUAUGAAUUUAAAGCAGAUCCGGCAGGAACCCAUUGGUGGCAUGCCCAUUCUGGGUACCAGAGGGAUGACGGUAUGUACGGUUCAUUGAUUGUAAGACAGGCGAGGGAAGUUGAACAUAAUGGCUAUGCCUAUGAUUUUGAUCUUCCGGAGCAUGUGAUGAUGUUGGCGGACUGGAAAAGCAGACCCGCACUUAGCACCUUUUUAAUGACGGAAAGUCCAACCAGAUAUGUUAUAUCAGAGGAACAAACGUUUUCAAUAUUGGUAAAUGGAAGGGCAAGUGAGGUGGAGUUUUUUGAUGAGGAUGGCAACGCCUUCUUCACGCCUCUUUCAACGUUUGAAGUUGAAGAAGGAAUGACGUACCGUUUUCGGGUGAUCAGCGCCAUUUUUGCUCUGUGUAACUUACAAGUGUCAAUUGAAUCACAUCCUCUGACUAUCAUCGCUGUAGAUGGAUCUGAAGUGAGGCCCAAAGAAGUAGAUUCAUUUGUCAUAGCUCCAGGCGAAAGGUACGAUUUCUUGUUGAAAGCAACUGCUAAACCUUCAUCUUACUGCAUAUAUGCCAUUGGAACUUCAUCUACCGAGUGCGUUGAUGAUGGCGCUGCCAUCUUGCAGUACAAGACUGGCUCAUAUGCCACUCCGAAAUGCCAACCCGGUCCACCAGUUCCCGAGUCUCUAACGGAUACACCUAUUUUUUCUAUAAUUGAAGCACAUGCCAUCGCCAACCAGCCAACCAGCCAACCAACCAACCAACCAACCAACCAGCCAACCAGCCAACCAGCCAACCAACCAACCAACCAACCAACCAGCCAACCAGCCAACCAGCCAACCAACCAACCAACCAACCAACCAGCCAACCAGCCAACCAGCCAACCAACCAACCAACCAACCAACCAGCCAACCAGCCAACCAGCCAACCAACCAACCAACCAACCAACCAGCCAACCAGCCAACCAGCCAACCAACCAACCAACCAACCAACCAGCCAACCAGCCAACCAGCCAACCAACCAACCAACCAACCAACCAGCCAACCAGCCAACCAGCCAACCAACCAACCAACCAACCAACCAGCCAACCAGCCAACCAGCCAACCAACCAACCAACCAACCAACCAGCCAACCAGCCAACCAGCCAACCAACCAACCAACCAACCAACCAGCCAACCAGCCAACCAGCCAACCAACCAACCAUUACACGUUCAGGGUCCUAG